ACAACGUAGAGUUAUUUUUUCAAUAUAAUGAUUACUGUAAUAAUGAAUACAGCAUGAAUGAAAGGUGAGCCUAGCUGUAGGCACAACCGAAACAUAUGAAAUAAACGCAGAUGAAUUCCGAAUCAGCAAGGAAGAGCAUUUGUGUCAUUAGAUUUUGCAAAAAGUCCCAAAAAGGUAAAACUGUAUGGAUUUUCAUAAACAAUCGCAAGUACUUUUUUACCGCUUACUCCCUCCCUCGCGGCUCAUUCUAUACGCAACGAAUCAGCGCGAAUGGGAAAUAACAAUAGUCAAUAUGGCGGAUAACGGAUUGAUGGUUACGAUUUCUGGUGCAGCUCUUUCGCUGUUGUUUUACGAAAAUGCACGGAGCCGAGGUGAUCAGAUGGGAUUUCUGCUGGGAGAAGUUAUGUCAUUCGUUACCAAAAACGUUACUGAUUCAGAGAGACAUGUGGAGUCGGUAAAGGUUCAUGUUGAUAUUCAAAGUGUAGUAAAAUGCCUACCAACGGAUCAGAUUUACGACUCGGGUGGAAAAGUAAAUGAAGAAAAACUGAAGGACAUAAUGAGGGACAAGGGUAAGAGCGUCGUGGGAUGGUUCAGAUUCCGUCGUAAUGCCUCACUGACCCCCACUUUGAGGGAUAAAAUACUCCACAAACAGUUUCUAUCGAUCUUUCGAGGCGCCGGUAAUCAGAUCAAUGAGAAUUAUUUUGUCGUUUGUAUGCUUAAUGCCUCUGUGUCUCCGGGAGAAGGGACUCACAAGUUCAAACAUGUUUUUCUUCAUUAUAAACGUGGAAUGUACAAUGCAGUUCCACUGAGGAUUAACAACCUGGGACAUGACGCCACGAAACACGAUGGAACAGACUACAAACCAACGCCUAGAAAAUAUUCCAAUGAGAAAGAUCCUUUUGCAAAGCUCAUUAACUCAUUACAUUUGAAUUUGGCUCGCACGCCUGGUAUUCAAUCGAUCUGCCAGAUCGAGGAAGCUGCUGAGCAAUACCUGGAGGAACUAGUGCCCCAGGUUGUCAAGACUGAUUUGGAGGUCGCUGCACUGGAGAAUAAGGUGCUGGAGGCCCGAAAAAAGGUGUUCGAGAAAAUCAUGCAAAAGGACAUCGAAAGGAAAGAGAAACGCAGUAUUGAUAAUAAGUAUAGAGCUCGGAGGGAGAGGGAUAAGGUUCAGAGGAAUGAGGAGCCCACUUCCAGUGCUCCCCGUUGUCAGGAUGUUGUAUAUAUGCAGGACGAGACAUCAGUCACUAGUAAGCAAAAGAAUCGCUCUGCCGUGGAAUUCGUUAACCGAUCAUCACUCACCCGUGAUAGGGUUCGAAAUCCCUAUGCAGUUAACAAUAAAAAAAGCUUUGCACAGUCAAGCAGCGAUGAAAAUCUCUGAAGGUACGCUGAAUGACUGUACUACUCUACGACUGUUGAUAAUUCAUAAAAUUGCGUUCAUACUUUCAUCGAGCUAUUUUUUCAUUCAUUUAAUUUUUUUCUGCAUUUUGAAAAAAAAUUGAGACGUUAAAAGAGACUAAAUAGGAGAGUUUAAUAUUUAUCCAAAGAGAUUGUUAUCUGUAUCGUUGGAUUAAAAUACCCAAUGUAUUUUCUAUCACAGAGACCCACUGAUAAUAUACGUCGCUGUAAAUAUUUUCUUACGUGAAAAUAUAAUUAUUAACGAGGGUUAAUACUUAAGUCCGUUUAUUCAUCACUUGUACUUUCAAUUUGUUUUUUAUUCAUUUAUUUACAAUUUGCAUUAUUAAAUUUUUUUGGCUUUCUGACGAGAGAAAAGAAAAACAAAAUUAAUAACAAAGUGUUGAUAAUAAACUAAAUGGCCUAUAAA